ACUGACCUAAAGCCACAAGACUGCUGAAUCAAAACAGGUACAAAUGGACGACAGGAAGCGGAAACUGAGCCACUGUCUAUAGAAAAACCUGGAACGUGGAUUUUGUUCGCCCAGCUUUAAUCUCGUCAUUGUGUUUACAAAAGACGACUGCUGCUGGACCAACCAACGGACCUGCUCUCCAACCGGUCCGGGCUGUUGGCUUGCCUGGUGCUUUUUAGAGGAACGUUGUUUUUCGUACGCUUCUGUAAGCACCAAGUCUCAUUAGACGAAAUGCUUUGAGUAAAAGCGAUACCAUAAUUUAUUUUGCCAGUUAUCAUCUAAUUGUAACCGUGGGCAAAGAAAACAUGCAUAUCUGUAUUAUAAUAAUCCAAACUAAAUCUUAAUGCUUUUAAUGCAGUGGCAGUGAAUCCGGUCCGAUGGGUGACCCAGAGCGGGAUUUUUGCGCUCCCGCUCUCGCUCACAGCAAAGCUAGGCUAACUGUGGUUCAAAACUCCCCAGCAAACCGUGAAUUGCUACUGUUAUUAGCGCUUCAGUUGACGUCGUCCUUCAUUCCCGAGCAGCGUUUAAUUCACCAGCACACACAGACCUCAUAAAACAGCACCACCGACGUGACACCGAUCGACGAUUCGGUUGAUUUGAUUUACGGACUGGCCCCUGUCUGAGCUAAGCUAAGUUAGCCUCACAGCCAAAAUGGCGGACAACGAGGAUGACAGCGGUUUGACUAGAACAAUAACGGCUGCGGAGCUGCCCGGGGCUGUGGCUCAACCUGCCGCCACCAACUGCGCCCAACCCGUGGGCUUUUUGCAGUCCGCGCCCGCUGCAGAGAUCAACCAGUGCGAGGGAAAUGUUUCGGCAGUGGCCACUGAUCAGAGUAGUCAACCCGUGGAGAAAUCGCAGACAGUGACCGGUGCUGAGAGCAGCCAGUCCGUGGAGAGUUUACCAGCGGGGUCUGAAGCGCAGCUGGCGGAGUUCUUACAGAGUUGCCCGGCGGAACAGAGCAUUCUAGUGGGCGCGGAGCUCGCUGGCCUAGGCCCGGACCUGGCCAACACUACCAUCAUCUACUUGCAGCCGGAUGGAAGCCUGGUAGAGGGUUCUGGGCUCACGGCAGAGGAACAGCAGGCUCUGCUGGACCAGCUCACCAAGCAGCAGAUCGUCCAGGUCUCUGACAACGAGGCCGCACAACUGCUGCAGCAAAGCCAGGUGGUCAAAACCAUCCCCAACACGACCCUGGACGCCAGUCAACUGCAGCAGGUCAUCAAUCAGGUCACCAAGUCCCAGCAGCAGGUCCUGGUCCCCCAGCAGCAGGUCCUGGUCCCCCAGCAGCAGGUCCUGGUCCCCCAGCAGCAGGUCCUGGUCCCCCAGCAGCAGGUCCAGGUUUGUCAUCAGACUCUGAAACAGGCCCAGGUUUCUCAGCAGAACCUGAAAAACACAACCCAGAACAAUGCAUCACAGCAGCUGAAGAGUGUGGCUCAGCAGGUGGCCAUGCAGACCAGCGGUUCAGUCCAUGUGGUUCAGAAGAAGCCAGAGCCUGUCCGAAUCCAGAUCCAGGUUCCUCCUAAACAAGAAGUAAAGUCUGGCACCACAAUUCAGCAGAAGACCGUAGCAGUCAGUCACCCACAGGUGAAACUGUCUGCCAAUGGAAGUGUGAGCAAUGCCCAGAUCAUCCACAUCCAGCCUGUGGUUGGUCAGCAGGGUCAACAGUUCUUCCUGCAGCAGAGUCCAGGGGACCCCCCCAUCCAGCUGCUGCUUCAGAGCCCUGCCCCUGUCAUCAGCUCUCUACUUCCAGUGGUGCAUAAGUUGACAAGUGAGACCACAGCAGCUUCUAGUUCAAGUCAGAAAACCAUAUCAUCCCCUAUCAGAUUUCAGUCCCCCUCUACCAUCAAGACUCCAGCCACUUCUGUUGUAAAGACCCCCACCACCACUGCAAAGACAACUAGCGUUCCACUUUUUAAAACGCACACUAAUGGAACCACGACUUCUGUCAGAAAGAGCCCUGUUAAACCACCUGCUGCCAUCACGGCAGUCCCAGUACAGACCACCAAACCUGUCCCAGCAGCCCAACCCGCGGCCUCAUCUCCUGCUUCUUUGCCCGUGGCAGUCAAGUACAGAGACAGAGAAAAAGAAGAAAAGGAGAAGAAAAGAGAGAAAAGGGUAAUGAAGGUAAAGACAAGGUCUGGGCGAGUUUCCAGACCACCAAAGUAUAAAGCCAAAGACUACAAGUUUAUAAAGACUGAGGACCUGGCUGACAGCCACCAGUCUGACUCUGAUGACUACUCAGACAUGAGUGUAGAAGAUGAGGAGGGGGAGGGUGGAAGAAAGGACGGCCCUGAUCCUGGCAUGUCACCCUCCCUCAUCUACAGCCACAAGUCCAGGUCUCACCGGUGCCAGACUUGCGACAAAGCCUACAUUGGUCCAGGAGGCUUGAACCGCCAUUACAAACUUAACCCGACCCACGGAGACCCUGACACAAAUGUUAACACAUCACUGCUAAGUGGAGAGGUCAGCCAAACAGAGGAGACAACAACGGGAGGCGUCAAAGAAGAAGAGACAAAAAGGGAAGACAGACCUGCUGCCACGGCAACAAGCAGAGCAGAGGGUGGUCCAGCUUCAGCCGUCGGGCUUAGAGCCCUUCAUCACAGAGGCCCUGGACGACCCCGGGGGCGAGGCAGGGGCCGAGGGCGCGGGCGGGGUCGACCUUUGGCACCGCCUUCUAAGGUGGCAGUGGGGCUUGUCAGCAGGCGGGGGCGUCGUGGUCGACCUCCUAAGCACAGUGUUGCCCUAGUAACGGCAGAGCAGCAGGCAGAGAGGAGGCGAGACCGCCUGCAGGAGCUGGUGGAGCAAUGUGAGAAUGAGGAACUUAUGGACAUCGUCCUUCCUCGUUUGACCAACGUGCUGAGUCUGUGGGAGCUGCUGUUGGCAAAGGUGGAGCGUGGUGCUCCGGCUCAGACUCGAUUUCCAGACAUUUAUCGCGAGUUUGAGUCUCUGCAGGCUCAGGUGAGACAAGCUGCUCAGGACUACAUUGUCAGCCCGCAGGGGGGAGCCUCGCCUCUUGAGGUCAGAAACAUAGAGGUGGCCAGGUCUUUGGGGAUCCUGGAUGAGGUGAACAAGAUGAAGGUGAUUCCUGGAGCAUCUCCCAGCUCCAGUCUGACCAAUAAGAAUGUCCGAUACAUGGAGAAUUCUAAGAUGCUGCCACCAUCCAAGAGAUUCAAGAUGGAGAGUAGUGUACCAGCUAAACAGAACGGGAUUGAACCUAAAACGGGUGGGACUGGAGUGCCCCUCCCUGUGACCUCAUCUCUGAAGUCCUGCUCAGUCUCUGUGUCUCCUCUCCUGAUUGCAGCUGGAUCCAAACUGCUGACCACCACCACCAGUUCUGCCUUCAGUUCUUCUGGCUCCAACUCCGAACCUUCCACUCAGGCCCCACCCCCUUACGCACUUAUGGAGAUUACCCCGGGUGAGAAGCAGACCAGUUCCCAGCUCGAGUCUCAGCCUGCAGCUCAGGAUCACAGUCUUGGCACCAAUGACAAGCAAGUAAUGGAGCUUGAGAAAGCUCAGGGUCCUGAGAUUACUAUGGACACAAAGACACCGGAGUCCAGCAUAGUUCACACUCUGGCCACUUCUGAGCUGCAAAAGAACAUUUCCCAGACAGAGUGCAGAGCCACAGAUGCCAAAGAGGUGCAAGAGGGGCAGGAGAUCUAUAUCCAGACAGAAGGGCUGACUGUUCAGUUGGCAGAGCCUGGAUCAGACCGGAUCGUCAUUGUCAAUGGGCCAGAUGGAACCACAAUGCACAUUCAGACUCCAGAGGGGGUUCCCCUGGAGGCUGUCCAGGCGCUGCUGGGAAUUGAGGCAUCAGAUGGAGCUAAAUUUCCACAGUAAAGUCUGAAAAUCCUCCUGAUUCAGAUGGAGAAGGACCUGUAUCUGAAGGGAAUGACUGAGUUGUAUGUUUAAGGAGGUGCAGAUGGACUACACCUGUUAAAACACCUGUUUAAAAAAAGUCAUCCAAUGCCUGUGUAAAGGCUGAAGCAGAGAUGCCUAUUCCGUUACACAACAAAUUGCAGGGGGCACUAAUGUGGCUUAGGACCACAGGUUCUGUUGGUUUGUGGUUCUUUAGCAGACUUGAACUUGAUUUGACUGAUGGACUAUUUCUCAGAUCUUCUUUAAUUAUCAUCUUAUGUUGGAAGAAGUUCUAAUGUAACUUUACACCCUGAAGAAUUCACCAACCAGUUACACACAUGAGGAAACAUGGGGUUUUGAGAGAAGAGGAUAUCUGUGUGUUCGGGUUUCAUCUGUGACCAUUGUCAAUGUGAGGAUGUUCCUCAAGUUUUAAAUCUCGACUGAUUGUACAUUUGUAAAGUUGUUUUUGCCCCAGUGUUUCCAUCUUUGUUUUGAAGUAGAAAUAGAUUAGUUUCUGUUGAUAUGUAGAUAAAGUUUAAAGAGUUGCACUAUUUUAUUACUUUUUAUAAAAGUUCACAGUGAAGCGUUUUCCAAACGACAGCUGGAUGUUUAGAAAGCGGACCUGAAAUGGACUCAAGGAGGAGAUGGGACUUUAUUGGUUUGUCAUGUUUAUUGUUGGAAUGAGAUGCAUUUCAUGUUUGUCCAAUAAACUGAUGAGAAUCAUUUCAUUA